AUCCAAGUCCAUUUUCAUUUCAAAGAGUCUGUAGAGUGACCUCUGACAAACUUAGCUCACGUGAAGCAAAACUACUUAAACAUGCUGACAGUGUCCCCAACAUUAACUGACAUUUUUGUAAUAUUAAUUUCUCUUCAAUUUCCCCCAUACGUAGGCAAUAGAAUGUUUCAUCAGAGCCGUCCUAAACUCAAAGGAUACUGCUGGCCGUCUGUUCCUGCUGAACCAUUACACCAUUGGUGUAAUUUUACAUGGAACCAGAGAGCAGAUGACCAGGCAAGGACUGAAAAAUUAUCUCCAUGCCCUGUCAAACCAGAUAUUUGUGCUGGAUCCAUUGCAAGGGACAAACAAGUUGGAGGACUCUAGAAAAGUGGCAUACAAAUUUGGAGAGUAUUUCAAGAUGAGACGAAACAGGCUUGGGAAGGAGGACUGGGUCAACAUCAAGUGGCAGCCUGCCAAGAUAGCUGACACCUGCCAGAAAGAUGACAGCAGUUGUGGAGUUUUUGUCAUGCAGGUGAUUUUCUACAAGCAGUUGUAGCUAUCAUAAAAAUAUAUAGGAGGAUGGCUAGUUCAUACA